UCUUCUUUUCUUUAUUAAUUUUCACUCUCACCCACCAUCACUUCAUCUUCUCUCUAUUCAUUUUCAGUCUCUCCAUUUCCCUGAAGUCUCCUCCUUUUCAGUGGUGGGUGUGAGAAUUGUGAUGGCUUCCAAGAGGAUCUUGAAGGAGCUCAAGGAUCUGCAAAAGGAUCCUCCUACUUCGUGCAGUGCAGGUCCUGUGGCGGAGGACAUGUUUCAUUGGCAAGCAACCAUUAUGGGACCAAGUGAUAGCCCUUAUGCAGGUGGUGUCUUUCUGGUUUCCAUUCAUUUCCCACCAGAUUAUCCAUUUAAGCCACCCAAGGUUGCUUUUAGAACCAAGGUUUUCCACCCAAACAUUAACAGCAAUGGAAGUAUUUGUCUUGAUAUCUUGAAAGAUCAGUGGAGUCCAGCAUUAACCAUAUCUAAGGUUCUGUUGUCCAUCUGUUCCCUACUAACGGACCCAAACCCAGAUGAUCCUCUUGUUCCAGAAAUUGCUCAAAUGUACAAGACCGACAGGACCAAGUACGAGGCCACUGCCCGAAGCUGGUCUCAGAAAUAUGCCAUGGGAUGAAACAGUAAAAAACCUAUGUGCCUGGUUGUUUCAUGUCUAUCUGUCCUUUAAUAUUUUGUCUGAAAGACUUGUUGUUUUGUCUCUGCAGCCUAAUUGAGUGAUUGCCUUGUUAAAUUAUCUUUUGUGUUGGUUAUGAUUUGUGUAUAUUGAUUCAGUAUUUUAGAGUAUUAAUUGAAAUGGUAUUAAAUCUAUCCUA